GAGGCCGGGCCUGGCGGCGGGGAGCGGCGCGAGGGAGCGGUGCGGCGGGAGGGUGUGAGGGCAGGCAGGCGUGCGGCGGACGGUCGGACGAGCGGACGGUCGGAGCGAGAGGAUGUGAAGAUGGCGGAGCUGCAAAUGCUGCUGGAGGAGGAGAUCCCGGGGGGGCGCCGGGCCCUGUUCGACAGCUACACGAACCUGGAGCGGGUGGCCGAGUACUGCGAGACCAACUACAUCCAGUCAGCAGAUAAGCAGCGAGCCCUAGAAGAAACCAAAGCCUACACAACCCAGUCAUUAGCAAGCGUAGCCUAUCUGAUCAACACUUUGGCCAACAAUGUUCUCCAAAUGCUGGAUAUCCAGGCAUCCCAACUUCGACGCAUGGAAUCUUCUAUCAACCAUAUUUCACAAACGGUGGACAUUCACAAAGAGAAAGUUGCUAGAAGAGAAAUUGGUAUCUUGACUACAAACAAAAACACCUCAAGAACUCACAAAAUCAUUGCACCAGCUAACUUGGAGCGACCAGUUCGCUACAUCAGGAAACCUAUUGAUUAUACAAUUCUAGAUGAUAUUGGACAUGGAGUGAAGUGGUUGCUUAGAUUUAAGGUCAGCACACAGAAUAUGAAGAUGGGUGGGUUGCCACGUACAACACCACCCACCCAGAAGCCACCAAGUCCACCAAUGUCAGGAAAAGGAACUAUUGGGCGUCACUCUCCUUAUCGUACGUUGGAGCCAGUACGUCCCCCGGUGGUACCAAAUGACUACGUGCCUAGCCCAACGCGCAAUAUGGCUCCCUCACAGCAGAGUCCUGUUAGAACAGCUUCUGUCAAUCAGAGGAAUCGCACAUACAGCAGCAGUGGGAGCAGUGGAGGAAGCCAUCCAAGUAGUCGGAGCAGUAGUCGCGAGAACAGUGGAAGUGGCAGUGUGGGUGUUCCUAUUGCUGUUCCCACACCAUCUCCUCCCAGUGUCUAUCCAGCCCCUGCUGGCUCGGCUGGCACUUCUCCCCUUCCUUCUACCUCUGCUCCUGCCCCCACCCCUCCUGCUCCAGCCCCUUCCUCCUCUACCCCAGAUGCUGCUGCUGCUGCAGGAGCCCAGCCCCUUGCUGAUGGCUUCACCUCUCCAACUCCCCCUGCUGUUUCUUCCACGGCCUCUACAGGCCACCCAGUCCAGUUCUACAGCAUGAACAGGCCUGCGUCUCGACAUACACCACCAACAAUAGGGGGAUCUUUGCCAUAUCGGCGUCCUCCUUCAAUCACGUCACAGACGAGCCUUCAGAACCAGAUAAACGGAGGACCUUUUUAUAACCAGAACCCAGCAUCCCUUGCUCCUCCUCCCCCCUCCAUCCUACAGGUAACUCCGCAGUUACCGCUAAUGGGAUUUGUGGCCAGAGUUCAAGAAAACAUUUCAGAUACUCCUCCCCCACCCCCACCCGUGGAUGAGCCAGUGUUUGAUGAAUCCCCACCGCCACCCCCACCUCCAGAGGACUAUGAGGAGGAAGAGGCAGCAGUGGUGGAGUACAGCGACCCAUAUGCAGAGGAGGACCCUCCGUGGGCACCACGCACCUACUUGGAAAAGGUGGUAGCCAUCUAUGACUACACGAAGGACAAAGAAGAUGAGCUCUCAUUUCAGGAAGGUGCCAUCAUUUAUGUCAUCAAGAAGAAUGAUGAUGGUUGGUACGAAGGGGUCAUGAAUGGAGUGACGGGGCUCUUCCCAGGGAACUAUGUGGAGUCCAUCAUGCAUUACUCAGAGUGAAGACUAGAGGACAGGGCGCUGCAUCUCCUACUGCAGGAGCUGACAGGGCUUCCUCAUCUCCACCAGCCUCUGGGGCCCCAUCCAAAAUAGCAGAAUGAAGGAUAAUUGUAACAACCACUCUUUUUUUUUUUUUCUCCUCCUCAUUAUAGAACAGUAGUGUUUUGAGUUGUUUGAACAAAUGGCUCUUCCAGCUGCCAGCAGAGGCUAUCGUGAGCAAUCUGACGCUGAAGUAAGCUGACCCAUUCAGAUCUAACAAACUCAUUGAGUAGCUGAUAUUUCCUUCACUCCCAUUCUGACUUCUUGACAGGCUCUGGGAUCUCUCUCAGGAAUCCUGUGCACCGUGGUGGCACUGUGUUUGGCAGCAGUGCUUGGCACUGGGGAUGUCCUGGAUGCUUGUGGUGAAGGGUUGCUGGCUGGUGGAUCUCUCUCCUGUUUCUACACUACACUCCUGUGCAGCUGGAAGAAUGCUUGUGUGUUAGCAAACACAGGGAUUUGUAUGCAAAGCUGUUCACGUAUCUGACUUACAGUUGGUUGCAUCUCUAGCAAAAACACUUCUGCAGCUGCUCUGCUUGUGUAGGCUGACACAGGCACACAGAGCUGGCUUUGGUUCACUCACCCUUUAGUUUAGACAAUUAUGAUGGCUGCAGCCCAGAGGACCUUGCCCCCAUUUCCUCAUCUUUUGAGUGCAACAGGUUUGGUUUUGGUUAUGCACUGAUGUAAAUGUGCUGCUCCGCACCGAGCUACCUGCCGUGGGUGCUGCUGGGUUGACCGGAACUCACAGAUGCCACUGACAGUGAAGGUGAAGUGAAGUUUACAGGUCCUCCUGGGGUCUGAGGAUAAACUCUAGGGGCUGUGAUCUAAGGUUCAGAUCUACUCACGCCUGCUUGCACUAGAGAAACGUACCCCCAGCUUUAGUCUUAUGCACAAUAUAAUCUUAAAAAUCCAAUCAGGUAUUGUAAAUUGGCUUUUUUGUACUUGAUGACUAGAUUUGCAUAUGUACUGUGAGCCCUGUGCGGAGGCAGGACAAACGGCAAUUGUCGUCUUCAUGUCUGUUGCCAAAAUCUCUUUAGUGGAAGUAAAAAGGGCUGUUGUUGUGUACUGGUUUCCCAUGGAAAUCCAAGCAGUAACUAGAAGUAGUCCUAGCUCUUCUCCCAGUCCUCUCCAUUGCUUAUUAUGAAGAAAUAGGUAUUUUAACUAUACUUGUGGAUCCAGGGUGGAAUAAUAACAAGUGAAGGCCCUGGGUUGAUAGUUUGCUUUUUAAGUCUCAGUUAAAAAUGCUGCUCGGUGAUUCUGUCAGUGUGAAAUGAUGGCUAUGCUAGUCUGCCCUCAGGAAGGACUAAAUACUGCCUUUGGUUGAAUGUCAUGCAUUAGCAGGACAAACUGAUUAAACCUCCUGUUGUAGUCCUGCUGCUUCACAAAUGGAGCUGACCUCUGUACUGCCAGAGCCUCCUGGGCCAGGGACACAGUCCCGGACAACAUCUGACUGACAUCCGACCAGGUUCCAGCCAAUACUAACUGUCAAAGGCAAGUUAAUGCUGCAGCUUUCUUCUGAAGCCUACAUGUAAAAAAGAGCAGUACAGAGAGUGCUGCCAGUGCUGAGUUUGUGAUGAUACUGGCAGUGGGGCUGGGUACUUGACACAAGCCCCCUGCCCCUCCUUGGUAAGCAGUGCAGUGCCAGGGUGGAGGCACACGCUUGGUACAGACUUGCUCAGGGAGAAGCCACAGCUACUCAAGGGGGAAGAAAGAAGAAACAAACAGUGAGGUGUGCUUCUAGGAGGUGAGUGAAUUUGCCUGCUGUGAGCUCGCAGAAGAGUGCAUUAAUUCCUGUGACAGUGAGUAAGGAAAUAGCUUGGUGGAAGCCUACAAGAAGUACAGCUUUGAAGGAACCUGUGCAAAGAUAGAAAUUACUUUCUCCCCUGCUCAGUCUGCAGCUGUGUAGCCCAAACACUCUUCUUUUCUUUCUGGAAGCCAGCAGCAUUACUAUUUGGAAUAAAUGUUAGCCAGAAGGGAUACUUUUCUACUUUCAUUUGCAAAAGCUUCUGUCUUGCAGCAAGACCAGCAGAAGCAGCCAUGUUCAGUUCCUUCAGCCCAUCACUUCUCUAGGAGCACACCUACAAGCACUGGUUGUGCUGUAGCUGGAAUGUCUGCUUCCAGUGUCACAGGACAUGCCUCCACUUUUUGCACAGGUCAGGGGUUCUUGCAGCCUGGCUAGAGAUUGGGGUGAUUGCGCUGCAGCAGUACUACACAGCCACCCCAUAAGCACCAAAGAAUUGUGUUUUCCAGGACUGUCAAAGUUUCCCUGGCUUCUUCUGUCCUGGGUGUGUUUUUGGUGAUGACAGCACACAGUGCUCAAAUGUUCUGAGUUAUAGCAGCUUAAUGAGUUACUAAAUGACAGCUAAUACUCUCUCCUUGUGCACCCACAUUCCAGCUGGAAGGUGAUGAGUUAGUGAAAUAUGUCUUUAACUCAGUCUGUCAAGAGCAAGCGCUUGAACACUUCUGACUGACAGGUGGUGACUGUGUAUACUUAAAUAGUGUGUGAUGCACUCAGCUGGUUGUGUAUCCUGUGAGUUUGUGUUGAGAGCUGCCAGAGCAGAGUUGUGUGAACUCUGGGAAGUGCUGCGUACUUCUUGGAGCUCAGGACAGAAGAUCAGGCUGCAAAACCUUGAAGGUGAAAUGUGGAAAGCUCCCUGGAAGGCUGGCUUUGAGAGGUUAGUUUGGUCUCUGUUGAUAGCAUUUAGUUUUUUGUCCUCAAAGAGCUGUGGAUGGAAUUUCUGGGUCACCUCCUGCUGGUUUUAUGCUUUAUUAUGCAGUACUAAUGCAAAGAAAAGAGUUUUAUGCAUACUUUUUAUUUUGUACAGAUCUUAAUUCUGUGGUUUGUUUGGAGAUGAUGUGAUGUUAUGUUCAUAGACCAGCCAAGGUAAACAAGCUUUUUGUAUUAAUGUUGCAUAGACUGCAUGCUAGCAAAGUCAGUGAGGGUUGUGUUUUUAAUUUUGUUCCUUGUACAUCUCCUUCUUAGAAACCUUCCUUCCCUGCUUUAUUUACAUUUCCUUCUAAAAGGGAGUUUAGGGAAGUGGUGGAAAAAAAAAAACAAACUUCUUUUCACUGAGUUCUACUACAACUGGAGAUGUUCAGCAUCAGCUGUCAGUCAGAGCAGUGGGUAUGCAUGUGUGAGAGCUGGGGGAAGGAGACACUCCGGAAUAGCCCAAAGAGUGCUACAUAGCCAAAAGCAGCGUUUCUCCCUUCUUGAGAUCUGCAUUUGCCCACAGCCAGCUGCUUUCAUUGUGCAUAGACAGGCGGUAAUCUAGCUGCAGAUUUUGCCUUGGUGUGCUGUAGCAGAGAUUUUCUUCCUUGCUCUCAGCCCUCUUGGGACAAAUGUAUUAACUAGAGCUGCCCCUCUGACAUGUGCCUGUGCGAAAGGAUGUCAGACUGCCCCCAGAUAGUACUGAAGCAGGCUAUUUUGAUGUCUGUGUUCAGCAUCAAGGUGGCUAAGGUUGCACAUAUCUCACCCAUUGAUUUUUAUUUUUUUCUUCUUUCUCUUUGUCCUCGAUUGAUCAUCUUCGUUUCUUCUUUCUUUCUUCUCUGUUGCCACAGAGGGGUGAGAAGGGCAGGAAAAGCAACCAGCUCUUUUAUGCUUGAGCGUCCCGAUGGUGCUUCCACACCUGCUAGCUGGAGCAGGCAACAGAGAACAUAGACACUGAGGAACCACUGCUCUCAGUGGAGGACAAGAGGUGGAGCAUGGCCCUGGGACUCAGCCUGUCUUUGUGGUAUGCGCUAAGGAAGCAGCUGAGUUGGGAGUUCCUUGAAAUGGCUGGAGGUUGCUGCUGGUUUGCACCACAGCUCCUGCACAGUCCCUGUGGGGUCUGGCAGGAUGACUUACCAGUGGGUGAUGAAUAGCCAGAGAAGUAGUGAGCACUCACCACAGCGGUUUGUUCAGUUUUCACACCUCCUGAGAAUUUUCUUUGCUGCCAAGGGCUCUCCCGAUGCAGUGCUUCUGGGACUAAGAGGAUGUGCCUGUCUUCUGCUUGUGCCAGCACACUGGUCUUGUUGAGGUAGCCCUACCUCACUGUUUGCAAGUAGGCAGAAUGAUUGGCCCCCGCCUGGUGUGGUUCUUCAGCACUUUUGUCACAGCUGAGAACCAAAGUUGACAGGUUAUUGCUGUGUUCUUCCCAGCAGCUUCCACCAGUUCCUAGCAAAUACUGCAGAUGCGCCUCUUCCCUAGGAAUGAGCUUCAGAUGUAAAUCAGAUGCAAAAUUUUUACCUUUUCCUUCUGGAAAGGACAGGAUUUUUUGUUGGUUGGUACCCAGCAGCACCAUCAGCACAACUUCUUUGGAAGCUGCUAGAGGAUGCUGCUGGAAAGAGUGUAGUGCUGUGGCUUCAGCUGGGUUUGUUGAGUUGUGGAGUCAUUAACUGAGGACUAUAGCGUUUAAUGAAAUGUUGCAGAACCCAUGCAGAGGUUUAGUUCCUAUGUUGACAGCAGUAGGAAAUGUGCAGAACUGUUGCGUUCACAAAGGCUUAAUGCUGAGAAGAGGCAGUGUUGUAAAACGAUCAGCAUGAGCAGGUAGGUGAUGGACUAUAGCUUACAGGGAGCCACAUGCAAGAAUUUAUUGUGCUUACAAUGUAUUUUCCACCUACCCCACCCUUUGGCAUCACUCAGUAUUAGGCACAGCCACAUUUUGUGGCUAAAAUGGUAUUAUUACAGAGGUCAGAAUAGUGCAAGAGGGAACCUUCUUUUUUUUCUUUUCAGUAGCUGGUCGGUGCGUAGCAACAGUCCUUUUCAUUUUUAUAACUGCAAGAGUAGUGGGACCCUCCUCUCCUAUCUGUGGGAAGGUUGCUGAACACUUGAUGCAGCCAAGUUUUGCCAACUGCUGUUGCAAGUAAUUCAGACCAUGACGUUCUGCAUUAAUUCAAAGAAGCAAUGUGUUUUGUGCAACUUUCUGCAAAUGCAGGAAGUUUGUUUGUUUGUUUUCUUUGGUGCUCUGAACAUACUCAUUAACACCUUUGCUUAUUCCAACGUGGGUUACAAGAAGGUAAAAAGUCAGCAGCAGCCUGUUGGCCAGAGGUAAGCCUACCCCCAGCAUCCUGCUGGACAGGUACGUGGUGACUGCUGAAAUACAGGCAGUACGUCUCCUGCUUCUCUUAAAACCUCAGAAAAAUCCUUCUAUUUACGAAUGAGGAAGAGCUGUGUACAAAUUCAUUUCCAUUACAGCGCCUUGCUAAAGUGCUGACAUCUCAGAUUUUUUUUUUGUAAAGCCCAAGUGCUUCUUUUCACAUUUGAAAAAGUGUCUUUUGCAACUUGCAUGGACAAGUAGUUUCUAUGAAUUCUCUGGAAAUGUUAGUGUCUAACAUGGAUUUUUGUCCAUGUACUUUUUUCUGAAAGCAGAACCCCCCCACACACAUUCGGGUUGCAGUCAGAAGGGAAGCACUGCGCUUUUUGAUUUUGGCGCUGCUGAUGCAGUGGAGGAGUGCAGAGCCCACUGUAAAUGAUUGAGCCUGCAAGACUCUGGGGAGCUGUGUGCUGCCGGUAACAUUUUAUUGUGUGUGCCAUUUGAACCAUCUUCCAAGUGAGUGCAAAACCCAAUUUUUAAAUUUUUUUAAUUGUACUUGGAAUUAACUGUUGCUGUGUACUAAACCCUCUUGUUACGAGCCCUGAAUAAAAAGAACAAAGCACA